AUAUAUACCGCCAGCCCAGGCACCAGCAGUCAGACGUGCUCAGCUAACCCUCACACCACCAACAUGAAGCUUGUUCUGCUCGCCCUCUUGGUCGCCCUGGCCGCCGCCGCCCCUCGCCCUGAUCAGGACGCAGAGACUUUGGUGGACGAGCGCGAGGACAACGGUGACGGCAACUUCAAAUACAAAUUUGAAACCAGCAAUGGACUCGCCGAGGAACGUGUCGGCACCGUUGGCGCUGAGGGCCAGAGCAACUUCCAAGGCAGCUACAGAUUCACUCUUCCUGACGGCACCGUCGCCGAGGUCACAUUCAUCGCCGACGAGAACGGCUUCAGGCCCGAGUCCCCGCUGUUGCCCACGCCCCAUCCCCUACCCGCCCACGCCCUCGCACAGAUCGCCUUCGCCGAAGAGCAGCGCGCUAAGGGCGUAGUUUUCGAGAAAUAAAUCGUAGAUUAGUCAAGUUAUUGACUGUUGACAUGACAUCCUGUGAUCUUCGCAAUAUUUCCCCUUCUAUUCCAUGUAUUUAACUCGAUCACAGAGAAAGUUUGCUUUUCUGUGCAUCACUAUUCCAGCGCACUAUCUAGGUGUAACCAUGUGUUAAAAUAAAACAUUUAUGCAAAAAA